AAACUUUCCUAAAUCAAUUCAUUCUUUAAAGACGGCCUUCCCCCCUCUCCCUCCCUCCUUUAAAACACGCGUUACCCGCUCCAUUUCCACCCAACUUUCUCUCUCUCACUCUCUCUCUCAACCAGCAAAGAACAACAAGAACACGUAUACGCAUAUAUAUAUAUAUAUCAUCAUUUAUAUAUAAUAAUGGGUCUUUGUUUUUCAUCUACUGGAAGUGAUUCAGAUCGAGAGCAGUCCACUGCUAAAGUCGUAUCACUCACCGGCGUUCUCCGAGAGUACGAAGUGCCGGUGACAGUCUCUCAAGUUCUCCAGACGGAGAAUUCGUUGUCUUCCUCCUUCGUAUGCAACUCCGACCGUCUGUAUUACGAAGACUUCAUCCCGGCAUUAGCUCCCGCCGACGACCUUCAGGCCGGCCAGAUCUACUUCGUCCUCCCAACAUCCAAGCUUCAGUACCGCCUCUCCGCCUCCGACAUGGCGGCGUUGGCCGUCAAGGCCAGCGUGGCGCUUCAAAAGAGCAAGGGCGGGUCUCACCGGCGGAACAAGAAGGCCCAGAUUUCCCCAAUUCUUGAAGUGAAUCAGAGAGUUUCUUCUUAUUCGGAGACCAAGGUUUACAGCGACGGGCUUGUGAAGAAGAAGAGCUUCGAGAAACGGGUGGCUUCUAGGGUUUCGAGGUCGGGAUCGGUGAAGAGAAUGCAGAGAUAUUCUAGGGCUAAGUUAAUGGCGCGUUCUUUCAGGAUGAGAUUGAGCACCAUUGAUGAAGGCUCUGUUUUACAAUUUUAUAACUAAUUAAGUUCAUUUUGAUCAGAUUGUUUUCUGUUUUUGUAACAUACUCUUCAAUCUGUAAAAAAAAAAAAAAAAAUCAGUGUAGAUAUGGAUGGGAGAUGUGUGAGUUUUUAGCCGCAGAUUGAUGUAUGGAAUAUAAAUUUUCCAUUAAUGUCAGAUGGGUUUUGAUUC